AAAUCAAAAUGGCAGGUCACUUUUCAGGUAAGUCGAAGAGUUUCAGGUAACAACAGGGUUGUUGUGUGCAGUAUAACCCCUUGAACUCUAAAAUUACGGGCUCUUUUUGUAAACACCAUACUUUUGUUUGUCGAAAUAGAAGUUUUGCGAUGGUAUACAUUCAUUUGAUUUGUUUUGGAACACGUGUAACUUGUUUGCAACCGGGCCAUCAUGUGAGCCAUACAAGAAAAUUCUCGUAAAAAUUAUUGGAUUAUCAGUGAUCUAGACGUCUUCAUUCAUAGCCAUGAAUAAUUCAAUCCGCUCUAUAUUUAAGGCUUCACUUCGUGGAUGGAGAAAAGGGGUGACCUUUUGUCCGCCACAUUUUCAUAAAUUUCUGUUCCAACAUAAUGAGUAUAUAUCAUAUAUAUGCCAUUUAUUGCAAAAUUAAACAGACCGGUGUCCUAGAUUAUCUUUACUCGUUUGGGAUUGUUUUUUUUUUUUUUUUUUUUAUUAUUUUUCAAGCUGACACACAUUUCAUGUCGCAGUGUCAGCCUUAAAUGCCAAAAACUUUUAAAUAAGAAUGGGGGUGUUUCAUGCUUUCCAAUCGUUUUAAGCAAGGGUAUCUCAGUCAUAGCUUGCUGGAGUGUUUCCCCACCAUGUCAACAGGCAUCAUUUAUUUUCCUUUUUUUGUAGAGUUUGGCUUACUGCCUGAAAUUUGCAAGGCAGUUGAGGACAUGGAAUGGCUGUAAGUAUACAAUAAUCUCAUGAUUUUAUGAGAAUUUUGAACUUGAGAUAUUCUGCAAGUUUUCAUUUACAUCAUGGUUAACUUUGUACUGAUAUAAUAAAACUUUUCUUUACUGUCUAGUCUUCCAACAGAUGUACAGGCUGAAGCCAUUCCUCUCAUUCUUGGAGGUGGAGAUGUUCUGAUGGUGAGAAGAACAACGCUUAACUAUAUUGUUAGAUUUUUGUGUGUGUGAUUUACUGAUUUUAACCAACCUGUUCGAAAUACUUGACAAAAAUUCAUAUCCAGGGGUGUAGACUUCUCUAUUUCUUGCAGAGUAAUUAUUAGCUCCAUAUCAAACUGGUCUUGAAUUUCUAAGGCUGUUGCUGUUUUUAUUUAUUUAAAUUGCUCAAUGUAUUGUUCAAUGUGGACCUCUAUAUACACUUUGCUUUCUUUGCAGGCAGCAGAAACUGGACGUGGAAAAACUGGAGUAUGAGUUCACUUUUUCUAAUAAAGCUUUUUAGAUAUUCAUCAGAAAAUGCUUGGUAUAAAAUUUCAAAUGAGCUUUGAAAGGGUUAUUGAUUUCCUUGCUGAACAAUAUACUUAAGAGCCAGCUUCUUUUACUUGAACAAAAUGGGUUUGGUGAGAAUAUUGUCAUCAUUUCUCACCAGUGUCAGUUUGUGUAUCUUGAAAAAUUGUGGCCAGAUUUUCAAAGUUGAUUUUUUUGUUUUUGAUCCUUAUUGGUAUUUCCAAUUUUAAGCCAUUCUGAUCACAUCUAAGUAUAUUAAGCUUCUCUUAUGUUUUUCUUUGUAAACUGACAAAUUUCUUUUUCAGUUCAGUGGUUAAGGCAAAGGCUGUUUUGUAUGUCAUAAUUAAUAACUUGAAAUAGUGGAUGCAUGAAAGUUAUACACCUCUGAUUUUCUUUUAGGCAUUUUCUUUACCUGUGAUUCAGAUUGUACAUGAGACAAUAAGAGAAGCGCUAACUGGCCGGAAGAGCUCCAGACCCACAUCUGCUGCGCCAUCAGAUGGUAUGGACUCAACACUCAGCAAACAUCUAACAAGGAUAAGACAACAUUAUUUAGACUAAGAAUAACAAACAGUGGUUAUUUUGUGGUAUAUUUUGUAGAGACGCUGGAAUAACCAAUCACAGUUAUGAAAUUUGUUUCAUACAUUUAAAAAUUUUACUGAAAACGUUGGUGUUAGUGUUUCUAAUUAAGCAGAAGAAUUUUUUUACUUGAUUCUUCACCUCACAGUAAACAAAUAGAUCAUUCUUUAAAAGAUGACAGGGAGUCAAAUACAUGUGGAUAUGAUCUAAUGCACCAACAUGAAGCUAAAAUUGACAAAAUUCUCAAAAUUGUUAAAAUUCAUAAAUACUAUUUUCAAUCUUAUGAUCUACCAUAUAAUUGCUAUGACCUGACAAUAUGUGUAUAUAUACAUACUGACUGAGAUUUUCUGACUUCACAUGUUAUUUUGUGAGCAAUUUGUUUUUCCAUCUUUAACAGUGCCAACCAAGUUCAAAAUGAAUGUAUUUGAUCGAGAUCAGGACUUUGGUGAGUACCCAUCAACCUGAUGAAUUUGUGCCAGGGAAUAUCUGAAGCUUUACCUGAUGAAUUUGAUCUAGGGAAUAUCCCAAGCUUUUAUGUUUAGUUCAUAGAGACUUCAGACAUUACUUAAUGACAUACACUCCUAAGAUCUCGUUUAUAAUUCUCCUUGCUGUCUGCGAUAUAGUUUUUUUAAUGUUAGAUAGGAGAAUUUUUUAUUGGAUCAUCUACAACUGAUAUAAUCCCCAAAUUGAUAUUUUUCUUAAAGUUUUUUCUCAUCUUUUUUUUCUGCUUGAUACUGUGUUCAUAUGGUAAGGAGAAUUUUUGUCUUAGAAACUCAUCGGAGUUAAAGGGUUAAGUGCUUACAACACAUUUAAGAUUAAUUUACUUAAUGUUUUGAAAUAAAUGUUAAUCCUUUAACCCCUAAGAGUGACUAGGAUCUAAUUUCUCCUUACAAUAUUACCCUUGAAUCACACAUCAAGGUCACAAGGAUAAAGGAAAUGAUCACCAGCUAAAGAAGCUUUUGAUUGUAAGACAAACUCUCAUUGUCAGCAUCUUAGGAAAUGUAUAGAGAACAGUAUGGAGAAAAUGCUUACUGAAACUAGGUUGUAAAAUGUUAAAGAGCAGUCAUUAGAUAGAGGUAAUGAUACUUAAUAUUGAUUUACUUAAAUGAAGUAUAAUCUUGAUUUAAAGGACUGAUGUCAGGCUGUACAAACUGGCAAGAAAAACAAUUUCUUUUUGUGUUUGAAGUUCAGGAAGGUUGACUAAGUGUCAUCUGAUGGCAACUUUUGAAGUCCAUUGUGGUCACCUGAUACUAAACAAAGUUAACAAAUUUCAGUGCCUUUUCCUAACUCCUGUGGUUUGACUUUUUGAAGCUAUUGAUGCCAAAGGUUAUCUGUGUCAGAGUCGCGAUCAUGAUAAGUGGCAAGGAUGCCGUUCUACUUUGGGAGUGAACAAAGGUUUGUAGGGAAGCUGAUAAUUUGAUAAAGAUGAGCUGAUUUUUUUCUCAAAUAAAAGCUGUUUAAACAAAUUAGGAAGUUACAAACAAAUAAAACUUUUCCUGUUUCAAGUGACCCUUUUCAGCUAUUUAAGGAAAGUUGCAAACAUACAUGUAUGUAAGGUUUUUGAGAUACUUCAAGAAGUGAUCUUUCAGUUCUUUCUUGUGAUAGUUGGCAUUUAUCUUUAAAUGUGUUAAUUUGAAUUGGGGGAUGAUUUUCUGAAAAUCUGCCAUCUCAUGAAAUUAACUGUUGCAGUUUUCUAUCUUCUCAGGAAUGUAUUAUUAUGAAGCAACUGUCACAGAUGAAGGACUCUGUCGAGUGGGAUGGGCAACAGACUUGGCUUCACUAAAUCUUGGUACGAUGACUGUUAAUUGAACGAGUUAUUAAGUUAUUAUAAUGAUAUUGUUAGAAUGAAUUAAGUACAUUUUGGAGCUUCAUAUCAUCAUGGAAAUGGGUAGAAGGGUUAUGAAGUGAUAUGAUCACUUGAUUCCCAUCUCUGAGGCCUGGUUUUCAUUUCCAGAUUUGAUUUUACUUGAAUGUGGGAUAAUGUUUGAUGUUUUUCCUUGUUCUUGUAUCUGGGGUUUUACUUCAAAUUCUUUGUUUUUUUUUUCUAUUCCUCAACAAAAACCAACACUAUAAAGUAAUCUUCCACUUGGAAUGAGUGGACUGAGAACUAAUAUGUGGGUGUGCCACUUUUAAAUCAGGUGCUUAUUUUAUUUUAGUUAAUAUUACAGUUGGGGAUUUCUUCAAUGUAAGUUGACCUCACAUGUAGAUAGUUAACAGCUCACAUUUUUCCAAAAUCUUGCUCACUUAGUAUUUCAACCUUUUCUAGAACUGAAGUUGUAAAUUCCUUCUCGUCUUUUUUUCUCUUUUUUUGGUAUCCAGGGACUGACAAUCAGGGGUAUGGAUUUGGAGGCACUGGGAAGAAGUCAUUUGAAAAGCAAUUUAACACUUAUGGGGAGCCAUUUGGAAUUGAGGACACAAUUGGAUGCUAUAUUAAUCUUGACAAUGGUUUUGUGAAAUUUAGCAAAAAUGGUACUUUUUUAUUCUUUUUUCAUUUUUUCUUAAAUGAGAGUUAAGAGGUGGUUAAAAAUGGAACAGUUGAUGAGUUAAUAGCUCCCCUGAGUCACCAAGACAUAAUUUCUCCUUACUAUAUCUAAUAUUGUAUAUAAUAUCAUGCAGGCAAGUAAUGAGAACAGGGAAAAAUGUAAAUUAUGGGAUAACUAAUUGAUCCGAUACCAAAUUCUCCAAACUAGCAAAAGGAGAAUUGUUUGGCAGACAGUAAGGAGAAUUACUUAUGAGAUCUUGGGAGGUACAGGCUGGGUUAACUGCCAAGUGUUGAGUACACUUUUGGGCAGUGCUGUAUAAAUUAUGACUUGUUUCAAGAGAGUGUUACUAAACAAAUUCUGCCUGCAGCUAAGCUGCGAGUUUUCAAAGUUAUUCAUCAUGUUUACAAUAUAUUGAUUCUUAAGCAUAUGAUUUAGUUGCAAUUUAUUUUAAUCUGUUAUUAAUUUUUUUUUUUUUUUUUUUAUUCUGGCAGGUGUGGAUUUUGGCAAGGCAUUUGAAAUUAGUCAAAAUCUUCAAGGAAGCACAUUCUUUGCUGCAGUUGUGUUAAAGGUAACUGAAUAAAUGAAACUCUACUCCUCAUGAAUAUCACGAUCUUAUGACUGGUUAUUCUUAACCCUUUGACUCCCAGAAGUGAUGAACAUGACACUUCUCCCUACAACAUCCAUUCAUUUUUCAGCAAACAAGUAAUGGGAAUAUUCAAACUUAUCAGGUAGAAGUACCAUCUUGAUCUAGCACCAUGUUCUCAUAACUAAUUUACAAGGAAAUGUGUAGCAGCUAGAGGGGAGAAUUAACAAUCAGAUCUUGGGAGUUAAGGGGUUAAUAUAUUGUUAGUGCUUUAUAUUUAACUGAACAAGAAUAUACAAGAUUGGUGUUUGUAUGAAAGUGUUCAUUGGAUAUCUUUAAUUUUAUCGAUCUGAUAACCUCUCAAUUCCUGCAUUCAAUUCUACCUGUAAGUGCGAGUAUUCUCUUAUACUUUCCCACCUUCCCAAUGUUACUUAUCAACUCAUUGUGUUCUUAUUGUCACAUAUUUAUGAAAAGACCCUUUUUUAUUAGAUUUUGACCUGGAUUUGCAUACCUAGACUAACAAUGACUUUCUUUUGGUCAGACCAGUUGAAAAAAAGUGUGUCAAGAAAAAAAUAUUGUUGUUGUUGGAUUUGUUGUUGAACCAUAAAAACAUUUUCUUUGAUUUGCAGAAUGCAGAGCUCUUAUUCAACUUUGGUGAUUCUCCAUUUAAAUUCCCUCCCAGAGUAAGUCCCUUUUACAUUAGCUUUAACUUGUUAAGAAGAAUUUCAAUGCCAAACUGUUAGGCCACAAUAGAGAGAAAUGUCAGAUUUAAACUGACAAGUAUCCAGACAGGAAUCUUUUAUCUACAACAAUAGUCUGUUACUCUGACAUUUAUUCCAGGGUGGAUAUGCAGGACUGUCCAAGGCAUCACCUAGUGCUGUGAGUGCCUCAAACAUCAAUGGAGGUAUGUGGUCUUAAGUUUUUGAAAAGAGAGGGAGACUUCAGACAAAAAGUCAUUUUUGUCUCCACCAUUUUAAUAGUAUGUAUGUAAAAUUGCUUCUUACCAUGAGUCAAGAUACUAAAGAAUUUCAUAACCCUUCCGAAAACUCAAAAUUCAACAACAGAUGCUGUAUAGUAACCUGGAGACAAAUACGAGACGUGCCCAGAGUCAUAAUUCUAUGUAAUUACUACUUAAUAUAUAAAAGAUGUUAAAAUUAUGUGGCCUUAGAGAAAUCUUACACAAUCCUGUGGGAUUCUGUUUUGGAUUUUAACUGGAAAUUUGGCUGAAAAGGCUUGUUGAACUCUGAAAACCAUUAAUACCUGAAAUAUAUCUAGUAUGUACAUUGGGAAUCAGGAAAUGAAAUAAAGAACAGAAACAAGGAAAAAUUAGCAUGAUUGCAUACAGUUAAACUUUUUCCUGGCUAAUCAGCUUGUUUUCAAUUUCAAGAACAAUUAAGUCACAUUCCAGAAACAUUUUUGAUGCUCAGGCUUUUCUGGAUUUCACAGUUUAUGUGCAGAAUAAAUUCUGUUUGGAAUACCAGGCUCAGGGUUAGCUUGCUGGCUGGUGUUCAAUUGCAGUUUCUAAACUUGAAAAAUAUUUGAUUUUUACACAUUUUUGUUUUUGAUAAAAGGAGCAUCAGCCUCAGCAAAGACCAAACCUGGCAAGUUUAAAAACAAGUGUAGUCCAUCAGCUAUUAUAAUGGAGGUAACUGUACUCACUGCUGUCCUUGUUUGCCUUCACCUUGAUUAGUGAACACUGAGAACAUGUGCAAGAGGAUCACUUGAAACCUCUCCCAAUCUCCCUCAAAGACACUACAUUGUGACAUGUCAUAAUCUUUAUGAUAGCAUUAAGCAAACCAUGGGAUUUUAGUUUGAUGAGAAAGAAAAGAACAAAAAAAUGGAAAGGAUGAACCAAAUAAGAAUUGGGAUGAUUGGGGUGGGAGCAGGUUGGAUUGCAAUUAUUGGCAAAUUUGGACAAUCACAGAUAAAUUUCUUAAAAUAUGAUUUAAUUAGCUCUCUGAAGCAAAGUCAAAAGAAGUGAUGCAAAAUGGUUCCUUUAGCCUGCCCUAUUUCUUGCUCUUCCUUAAUUUAUUCCUCUUUCAUUAUCAAUUAAUAUGGAUAAUUAUUUAUGACUAAUAAUGCAAGAAUAUGAGCAAUGGUACAUCAGCUUGGAACAAGUUGUCUUUCUUUAAAUCUUUGCUUGGUUUGCAAAUGCUAUCCAUGCCAGAAAAACAUGUAGAAUUAAUAAACUUGGCUACAAAGCGACAGAAUCAAAUCUAAGAAUUCUUAGAGGGAGCGCAAUUAUUAUCAUGGACUUAUCCUUCUUUCAAGUUAAUUGUCUUCUCUUCCAUCUCCUCAUUAGCCAUCAAGAGAAUUAGCUCAGCAGGUGUGUAUAGUUGAUCAUGAUCAUUCAUUUCUUUUAAAAGAAGUUUUGUUCCAAUAAAGUUUUUAUUCAAUGAUAGUUAUAACAGUAGAAAUGCUCAGGGAAAACUAUUCACUUUGAAUGAGGGGUGAGUUCAUCUCACUUCAUCAGUGUGUGCAUUCAUGAUUUACUAUCAGAGUAAUUAAAAGGAUUGUAAACUUUUGUCUCGGUGCAUCGUUAAGGAACAUAGAUUCUUGCAGAUGGAAACUCAUAAUUAAUACAUUUGUGUUAUCUGUUUAGACCCAUGAUCAGAUAUCACUUUUCAGGAAGCACUUACCAACACCACAAGUCAAGUAGGCUUCCCUGUUAAUUUUUAUAUAUCUGUUUUGAUGAAAUGCCUUGUGAUGUUGUAUUACUGCUGGAAAAACUAGCAAUUCUUGUAACUUUUAGUUAUUCUGACCACAAAUAGUAAUGCAGUCAGACACUAUUGGACUAUCUGACUGAUAUAUCAAACUAUUUGCAGAGAGGUGCUUUUAAUUGGAGGAGAGAAUAUAAAGACGCAAAUUCAGACACUGAAUGAGGGGGUAAGAGUGCACCGAUUACUUUGUAAAGUAAAACCAAAUUAGCAACCACAACAGCCAAGAGUGGUGGUCAUUCUUUCUUUCAACAGCCAAUCAAAACAAAGGAAAAAAUAUCACAUGGAGCCAAUGAGAAUUCAAGCAAAUACAUGUGAAUGGGAAAAGAUUAAUGACAAAGUCAUGUGGACAUAGUUUUGAAUCUGAUUGGUUGAAAGUGCAGCACUAGGUCUCUGGACCAAUCAUGUAGCAAAGUAAAACAAAAGCAAUAUCAAAGCAUUCUAGGAUUACUUUUACAAAUUUAAAGUCUUCUCCCGAGGAAGGUGCACUCUUAGUAAACCUUGUAAGGUAUUUUCACCUGCCUUAUGCCCUCUCCUUGUUUUUUUUCUUACUUGAACUGAAGGUGGACAUCUUGACUGGAACACCAGGAAAGCUUGAGGAUUUUAUUUCAACUAAUAAAGUCAGCCUUUCUCAGGUAAACAUACCCACCUCUUUACUGGAGAAAUAUUUUGUUUUUACCUUUUACAUCUACUGCAUUAUAUAGUCCUCUUCAGGAGUAACUUAUGGAAAGAAUCUUUUUACUUUUUCUGAUGAAAAACUUCCUUGGCUAUACACUAAUUCUCUACUUAGGGUGGCACAAUAAAACGUGUGAGAAUCAAUUACAAUUCUUCACGUUAAAUCUUAGCCGAUCCUUAUCCCUUGUACUUCUUUUGACUAAAAGGUAUUUUUUCAGUGUGUGAAUUGUUAACAAUUUCUGAUUAAAUUCCUUUUCAGGUUCGCUUUUUCAUUUUAGAUGAGGCGGUAAGCAUAUAUGUAUAUAGUCACUCAUUCCUUCAUUAUUUCUUUCUUUCUCUCUAUUUUGUUUUCCUCUAGACUCAAUCUUUCAUUUCCUUUUGUCCCUUCCUUUUAUUUUUUUAUCUUUCAUCUCUUUUCUUUUUUCCUUUAAUCGCUCUUCAUUCAUUUAUUCAUUGCCUUGUUCAGAAUCGUCCAAACUUUCACCUGUUCUUGAUUUGAGUCUACAUCCAUUGGUUCUUUUGUUUAUUAAAAUGGUUUUUUUUUUUUUUAAAUGAUACUUCAAAUGUUGUUCACCUUUUCACUCCCAACUUUUUAUUAGUAAUUCUCCUUUCUGUCUCCCACACAAUUCUUAUGAUUUUAGUUUAGAGAACUUGAUAUUGGAUCAACUAAUAGUCCCCCUUUUGAUAUUUCUCUUUUUUUCUGAUCACCUGUCUGCUUGAUAUUGUACUGAUAUUGUAAGGAGAAAUUCUGUCUUGGACAAUUAUGGGAGUUAAAUAGACUAAAAAGGAAUAAAAGUCUUGCUUAAUGAUACGUGGCCUCGUAAUGUCGGUUUCCCUUUAUUUUGAUCAGGAUGGUUUACUAGCACAGGGAAAUCAAGAGCUAAUCAUGAGAAUCUUUAACAAGAUUCCUAAAAGAAGCCCUGAUGGUAAACGAUUACAGGUACAUUAUCUACUCCUCUGCCUACUUUCAGUUCUUAUUUUGACAGAAGUGAGAAUUGUAAAAGAAAAAAAAACAUUUGCCGGCUGAUGAAUGUAUAAUGAUUCAAUUACUACACGAGGCUCAGCCUAGUGCAGUAACAAGAACUGCAACUCCAUUCUGAAAAGAGCGAGUUUAUUUAUCUGUGACCUGAUGAAAAAAUAAAAUGCUUUUACCUUUUUCAACAUGGUAACAAAGCUGAUUGCUGUGCAUUGAAAUAGGGAGGGUUUUUUGAAUGAGAAAUAAGGGCAAAUUCGGCGAAAAGUUUUCGGUUAUCAAUAGCUGCAGUUCAAACAGCGAUGGAUUCCAAGUUGGAAUAAGCGUUCAAAGUAAAUAUAAGAUUGUCUAAACAUAACAUUAUCCUUCAAAGAGCAUGAAAUGUACGGAAAGAGAUAUAAAAGUAUUGUAAGUAAUUAACGCAAUGAAAUCAUACGUCAUAGGUCAUAAACGCACUCUGGUCAACCAGUGAGGAAUUAAAAAUUUCUUUCUUAGAAAUUUUACUUCUAUCUCAGGGGUUGUUUUCCGUUGCGUGCUAAAAUGAUAGUACUUGUUUCAUUUUGUUUGACAGAUGAUCGUGUGUUCGGCAACCCUUCAUUCUAUAGAAGUGAAAAAGUUAGCUGUAAGUACUUUUCCCUUUUCAUUCAAUUUACUUCUCAGUUUUACGCGGAAGUUUUUCCUCUUUUAAUUUUCCAACUAUCGUAGUUAUAACUUUAGGUUGAUGAAAAAAAAUUGAUUUUUCCCCCAAGUUUUUGCACUUAUCCUCACCUUGAUAACAAGCCGCUGAAGAUAAAAUGCGCCCGCGCUCCUCCCCUGACGGCAUUCUUUGGCAGAUACUGAGCGUCUAUAUUUCCUAAAUGCUUCCACCUGAGUACCAGUUUUUGAAGGUCUAAAAUGUCCUAAGUACAUUUGAAUUUAAAAUGAUGCAAUGACAGCUUGCUGAAGUCGAUCAUUAUUACAAGUUAUGUCGUAAUUGGUGGCUCGUAUGAGAAGCUACGCUUACCGUCAUGUUUACUCUUCAUACUGAAAUAUAAUUUUCUCUCUCAGGAUAAAAUUAUGCAUUUUCCAACUUGGGUGGACCUCAAAGGAAAGGAUGCUGUCCCAGAGACUGUUCAUCAUGUGGUAAAUAACUAAGAACAGGGCUCGUUAAACCCUUUAGCUCCCAGACCAAAUUUGUAAUUCUCCUUACUGUCAACCAUACAAUUCUUAUAAUGUCAGUUCAGAGAAUUUAGUAUUGGAUCAACUAAUUAUCCCCAAAUUGAUAAUUUUCGUUAUUCUCAUCACUUGUCUGGUUGAUGUUGCAUUGAUAUUGUAAGGAGAAAUUCUGUCUUGGUCACUCAUGGGAGUUAAAGGGUUAAUAACGAUGCUCUUUAUUUGGGGCAAUUUCUCGUUCUCAUCACUUUGCUCCCCUCUAUUCACAUCGCUUGUUUGUGUGUAUUCUCUUUCGCAGCUGUUUUUUGGAUGUCACGCAAGCUCACCCCGCUCUUGGAGUGAGCGUUACGUGACAUCCCAAAGAACGGCUGCAAAGGAGAACGGUCUACGUGACGGUGUUCACGAAACGCAAGUGAAAUAGAGGUAAUUUUUGGAAAUUAAGGGAUGAAGAGGCUCAGAUCUUCUGUUAUUUUCCUACUUUUUUUUUCAGUUCUGUCGUGUGGAUCCAAGGGUGGACACUUCAUGGCAACAACUCAAAUCUGCGGUUAAGGUUUGUUAUGUAAGAUUUUUACUGAGACCUUAUCCACUAGUGCUGACUUGUAGCUUCUAUUUCUUAACAAAAGUUAUAAUUCUACGUCUGUCCGUGUGCAUGUCUAAAGUCUGUACUGAAAUUUCAGAGGAAAACAAUUUAAGUUGUCAAAGUUUAAAUUAUGUCCGACCUAUGGCCACGCGGGCUGUACGGUCCACCACACACGCGUGUACAAAACUUAAGUUCCCACGCGCCUAGAAAUGAGGUGUUUCUCCUGCUUUCAUAUUUACUUUAUACUUAAACUGUCUUGAUCUUACAGACUGAUGGAAUUCAUGCAGAGGACAAAACAAAGUCAGGCAGUCAGAGCCAAGGCAAGAGAAUUGUAAAAUUUCCGUGUAGGAAUUGAGCGAUGUAACUUUGUAAAUUAUGAGCAAUUUUCUUCUUUCAGAAUCCUUGUCUGAAGCAGUGAAGAUUUUGAAGGUUGGUUACCUCGUUAAAGCUAUCCAGGAACAUAAAAUGGACCAGGCCAUUAUUUUCUGUCGCACAAAACUGGAUUGUGACAAUGUGGAAAGAUAUUUGAUAGACUUGGGCGGAGGUGAGUGAAUUCCUUUUAUUUAUUUCAAACUCUCGGGCUUGUGCAGUGUUUGACCGCUGUGUUGCCUAUUUUACUCCUUACCUCCGUCUGUUUGGCUUGCGAGCAGACUCUCGUGUUGGGUUAUGCCUUAAGCCCCCCCCCCCGUUUUUGCAGGUACAGCUGCCUAUUAACCCUUUUACUCCCAAGAUCUCACUAGUAGUUCUCCUUACUGUCUGCCGCACGACUCUUGUGAUGUUAAUUUGGAGAAUUUGGUAUUGGAUCAACUUGUAAUCCCCUAAUUGAUAUUUUUCUUCAUUCUCGUCACUUGUCUGCUUGAUAUUGUAAGGAGAAAUUCUGUCUUGGUCACUCAUGGGAGUUAGAGGGUUAAACAAUUGACAGCAGCCUAUGGAAAAAGUUAUUGAAACCCCAGCUUUUUACGUAUCGUUGUUGUGUAAACAUUGACAGCGUGGUAACUAAUUAUUUUGCUAUGAUUUUAGAGUUACUGUGGUUUUUUCCUUGAAAGCUCAAGUUUUGAUUCGUUUGUCUGUGAAGCCUGUUCCAGGCGUUUAGUCGGCACAGGGGGUAUGAUUGCAACACAAAGAGAAAGAGGAGGGAGAUAAUCACGACCCGUUCCCAAUCCCCUUCUCUUUACUCGACUCUUCGACUCUUUCUUCGCCUGAAAAAGGCUUGUUGUUGAUGUUAUUUUUAAGCACAAAAAAGUUGUUGUUGUUGUUGUUUGACAAGAGGUUGUUUCAGCGUCUUGCUUACUGAGUUUCUCCAUUCUUACUCAGGUCCAAAUGCCAUGGUCAACGAGUAUUCAUGUGUGUGUCUCCAUAGUGACCGACCUCCAAAGGAAAGAAAGGCAAACUUAGAGUCGUUCAAGGUAACAGAAGCCGAUUAGAAAAGAUGAAAUACAGAGUUGAUUUUUUGGAUUCCUCAAUUAAAGGGCCAUUAGGUAUGGCGUAUUUGAAUUUUUAAUUACUUUUUACGCGUAGGAUGGCGAGGCAAGAUUCCUUAUCUGCACUGAUGUGGCAGCGAGGGGUAUCGAUGUAUCUGGUGUACCUUUUGGUAAGUAUAUAAUGUCCCAUCAAUUCUAAAUACCUCUAUUUUGUUGUUUUUGUCAUGUUGUUCUUGGUUUGUUUAUUUGUUUGUUUUUGUCUCUUCUGUCAGUCGUGAAUGUGACAUUUCCGGACGAUAAACAAAACUACGUGCAUAGAAUUGGAAGAGUAGGAAGAGCACAAAGGUAAGUUAAAACUUAGUAAGUUAAGACUAACAAUCGGUUGGAAACAUCUCUUGCAUUCGAUAUCAGGCGAGCUUCGUGCCUAUUACCUCCCAGUUAGAGACGAACUGGGAAGGAAGGGGAUAGUGCUGAUGGAAUUAAAGCGCUCAGAACAGUUAAGAUGAAUCUGUUAUGAACAGAUAUGGUGUGAAGGCGGUACAGCUUUGUGGUUCAAGGGGUUUAAUCGCAGUCUAAGGUUCAAAUCCAUACUGUUUCCAGUUUAUCUCCGCUGCUUGUUUUCCUCCCACUAGUGUAGACUUGUCCAUCCAUACAUGAGCCGAUCAGUCAGUAAGUCAGCUAAUUAGGUAAGUAGUCAGGCAGUCAGUCGGGCACGAAGGCCUACAGUCAGGCAGGUAGUCAGGUACGAAGGCCGGCAGUCAAGCAGGCAGUCGAGCAGACAGUCAGUUACCUUUGAGCCAACUGUUUUGACGUACUGUGUAAACCUUUCUCCGUGAUUCUGCUACUUCUAACAUGGAGACUUGAACCUAGCCUUUUUUUUUUGUCUUGUAGGAUGGGUCUGGCUAUUUCACUAGUCUCAGAAGUUAAAGAAAAGGUAGUAAUACGCUUGCUACUGAAUUAUUCAUGUAACAUGGGAAUUAGUUUUUAAAAAUGUGCGCCAUCGGCAGACAGUUUAUGUCAUAUUUUUCUACUAAUAGUAGCAAAAUAUGGGCACGAUCGGGUUGGUGACUGUGACCAGGUCAUUUGUUGAAUCCUUGUUCGCGUGCUCUCCAGGUAUGGUAUCACACUUGUCCCAAUCGUGGUAAAGGAUGCUCUGACACACGGCUUAGGGAUCAAGGGGGCUGUGCAAUAUGGUACGACGAGAAAGAGGUAAAUAUUAAUACAGUCUUUUCGCACAUCUCAACUUGGUUUUACACCAUUUCCGCUUAGAGGGUGACGCCUUUGACCUCUUCACUUGUACAGGACGACGUAGUGCACUUAUCAAUGAUCUCAAAGACGGAACGCUAGCUAGGAGGCCAACUACAUGUCACUUCGAUUGAGAAAUUUGGAGAGCAUAGAGUAUCUAACCUCUCAAACUAUGAGGCGAGCGGCUAGCCACUGGCUAAAUUUUGGUUGUGGUAAUCCGGACAAACCCCGGCCCAUAAUGCAAUUGUGUCUGUUAUCUUCUCUUAUUUUCGUGGGGGUCUUCUCUGUCACUCUUUCGCCCAUCCUGUUCUCUCUCCUAAGACCGUGAGCAAACCCAUCCCCGUGGGUCUCUCUGCACUAGUUCCUUAUUCAACAUACUGCUCCUCCAUUUGUGAUUAAGUCAAGCGCUAUACAAUUGUAAUUCUGUGUACCUAUAAUUUUUUACCAUUGAUUACCGGAAGUCAGUAAAACUUACACAGCAGGAAUCUGGAGCCCUGCUCAGUGAACCGAAACUCUGGUCCGAAAGGAGUUUGUAUUAGGUCAAUAAGUUUGAAAAAAUGUAGAAGAACGAAUAAAGAAAUAUAUGCGCAUUUCUCGGUCGCUCUUACUAACGAGGCAAUUCUCUUUCUAAACAGUCUGGUAUCGACACGAGUGUCAGUUUUGAGUGUUCGUUUAGGUAUUUGUGAGAUAGAAAUUUACUUAAGGGUGGGAUAGUGUUCUAUCUUUGCCACAGCUGAGAUGAUUGCCUUAGGGUGGCUAGCAGGGGUAAACCCUUCACUUGGAUGGCGUAAUAUUUCUUUUGGGGGUGAUAAUCUCUUUUUUUUAGUUUUAAUAGACACUUUCAUUUUUCUUCGGCAUAGUAUCUCGCAGACGUGGAGGAUCAUCUAAAAGAGACGAUCUCUUGUAUUGAACCCAACAUGAAAGUUCCUCAUAACGAGUUUGAUGGUAAAGUAACUUACGGCAAGAAACGCCGUGCAGCGGGUAAGUGUCAUCUUUAAUAAUUUCUUUUGUAACACACGUUCUUAAAUUUCAACGUGCUUAUAGGGUGAGAGCAGAUCAGUUUAUUCUCACCGCGGGCUCAGAGCGAUUUUUCUUAGUUAAAAAAAUUUCCAAGCGGUUCCUUUGGUACCGCAAACUAUAGGCCAUUACAGCAAUGUCUAAAGCUUCUUGUCUUAAAACGAAGCAAGAGCGAAGCUUUUGAUUUGGAUAUUAAUUUUCAUCCCUACACACGUGAAACUAAUUUUCCGCAAGAAAUAUGCAGAAAGAUGUCAUUUGUUGCUAUUCGUUUGUUAGGAUUCAUCUUUGAGUCGCACACCGCUGAACUUGCACCCUCAGUUAGGGAACUGGCAGAAAUGGAGUACAAGGCGCAGACGUCCUUUUUAACUUUACAGCACAAACAGUGGAUGAAACACUAAGAUACUCUGAUUAUUAGUCUACGAUACACUGCCUGAGAUACACUGUGUUUGCCUUGAAGUACUCCCCACUUCAGUCGUACUUAAAAAUACAUGGAGUGUUCAAGUUGGGGAAAGUUUGAAUCGCACAGCUCGAAAUUAACCAGAGGAAAAUAGAGACAUUUCAUACAGAGCUUGAAAUACUUAAAAAAAUUAAAAUACUUCAAAUACACCACAGUUUAUCUGGAAACCUACCCCCCUUUAUCGAUAGAGCUUAAAAUACUUCUUUGGGAAGCCUGAUUUGAGAUCGCGGCGGAGAAACUGUUGACAUUGGCCUUGUGAUAUAGCGUAGUGUUGAAUCUCUUAAAGCAGGUUUUACUGGUC